AUGGAGACGGCCGCGGCUCCGGGCCCGGGCUGGGCCGCUGAGGGAGAGCGGCGGCGGCGGCGCUGCUCGCGCCGAGACCGAGACCGGGAGCAGCGGCGCCGCCGCGGUCCUGGCGGCGACGCGCCCCGGGCCCUGUUGGCUGCCCCGCGCGGCUCCUCGUCAUCGUCAUCGCCGCCGCCGCCCGCCAGGCCCUGGUCGUCAGCUUCGUCUGGAGAGCGGCCCGGAGGCCCGAGGCGGCGGCGGCCCCGUCCCAGGCCUCGGCCACCGCGACCCCGAGCUCGGAAGCGCCCCGCGGGCUCCGGCAGUCGCGGGGAAGAGGAGGAAGAGGAGGGGGGGGGUGCGGACGACGGGGAGGCCGAAGAAGAGCCGGAGGAGGAGGAGGAAGAGGAGGAGGACUUGAUCGAUGGCUUCGCCAUCGCCAGCUUCGCCAGCCUCGAGGCCUUGCAGAAGGAUGCCUCUCUCCAGCCCCCAGAGCGACUGGAACACCGGCUGAAGCACUCGGGGAAGCGGAAGAGGGGGGGCUCCAGUGGGGCCACUGGGGAGCCAGGGGACAGCUCUGACCGGGAGCCUGGCCGGCCCUCCGGAGAUCGUGCCCGAAAAUGGCCCAAUAAGCGGAGAAGGAAAGAGGUCUCCUCCCGGCACUCGGUGGAAGCCGGAUACAUAUGUGAUGCCGAAAGCGACCUGGACGAGAGGGUCUCCGAUGAUGACCUCGACCCAUCCUUUACUGUUUCAACCAGCAAAGCCUCGGGCCCGCAUGGCGCCUUCAAUGGGAACUGUGAAGCAAAACUCUCCAUAGUCCCUAAAGUGUCGGGCCUGGAGCGGAGCCAGGAACAGCCCCCAGGGCCCGAUCCGCUGCUAGUGCCUUUUCCCCCGAAGGAACCACCACCUCCACCAGCCCCUCGGCCUCCUGUCUCACCCCCUGCACCCCUGCCGGCCACCCCCAGUCUGCCACCCCCACCCCAGCUGCAGCUUCGGGUCUCACCCUUUGGCAUCCGCACUUCUCCCUACAGCAGCCUGGACCUCAGCACUGGCAGCUCUUCACGGCCGCCCCCCAAGGCCCCGGCCCCUCCCGUGGCUCAACCUCCCCCCUCAUCAUCCUCUUCGUCCUCUUCCUCCUCAUCUGCCUCCUCCUCGUCCGCGCAGCUCACCCACCGGCCCCCGACGCCCUCACUGCCCCUGCCUUUGUCCAACCACAGCUUUCCUCCCCCUGGGCUGCGGCCCCCCCCACCGCCCCACCACCCCUCCUUGUUCUCCCCUGGCCCCACCCUGCCCCCACCCCCACCCCUGCUGCAGGUGCCAGGGCACCCUGGGGCCUCAGCUGCUAACGCCCUUUCUGAGCAGGACCUGAUCGGCCAGGACCUGAACUCUCGCUACCCUGAGGUGGUGGGGGCAGGGGGCUCAGCCCGGCCCCUGGCCUUCCAGUUCCACCAGCACAACCACCAGCACCAGCACACCCACCAGCACACCCACCAGCACUUCACCCCUUACCCCCCAGGCCUGCUGCCACCCCACGGCCCCCACAUGUUUGAGAAAUACCCAGGAAAGAUGGAAGGCCUUUUCCGGCAUAAUCCGUACACGGCCUUCCCUCCCGCAGUGCCCGGCCUCCCGCCGGGCCUCCCGCCGGCUGUCUCCUUUGGCUCCCUGCAGGGGGCUUUCCAGCCCAAGAGCAUGAACCCCGAGCUGCCACCACGACUGGGGCCAAUGCCAAGCGGGCUUCCCCAAAAGGGGACACAGAUCCCUGACCAUUUCCGGCCACCUUUGAGGAAACCAGGGAAGUGGUGUGCUAUGCACGUGCGCGUGGCUUACAUGAUCCUGAGACACCAGGAAAAGAUGAAGGGCGACUCCCACAAGCUUGACUUUCGGAACGACCUCCUGCCCUGCCUUCCGGGGCCCUAUGGGGCCCUGCCCACUGGCCAGGAGCUCUCCCACCCGGCUGCCUCCCUCUUCACUGCAACUGGUGCCGUCCACGCUGCAGCCAACCCCUUCACGGCAGCCCCCGGGGCCCAUGGACCCUUUCUGAGCCCAGGCACCCACAUUGAUCCCUUUGGGCGUCCCACAAGCUUCGCCUCCUUGGCUGCCCUCUCCAACGGGGCCUUUGGAGGCCUGGGCAGCCCCACAUUCAACUCCGGCGCCGUCUUUGCCCAGAAAGAAAGCCCAGGGGCCCCACCAGCCUUCGUCUCCCCCCCAGACCCGUGGGGUCGCCUGCAUCGCAGUCCUCUGGCCUUUCCUGCCUGGGUCCGGCCCCCUGAGGCCGCCCGGACACCAGGCUCAGACAAGGAGCGGCCUGUGGAGCGGAGGGAGACUUCCAUCGCCAAGGAGGAGAAAGACAGGGACCGCCCCUUCUCGCGGCCCCAGCCCCGAGUGUCUCCUGCUACUCCCAAGGCCCGGGCUGGUGAGGAAGGGGCCAGGCCAGCCAAGGAGUCGGUGCGGGUAAAGGAGGAGCGGAAAGAGGAGGCUGCUGCUGCCGCCGCUGCCGCCGCUGCCGCCGCCGCCGCUGCCGCCGCCGCCACCGGCCCUCAGGGCCUUCACCUGCUGUUUGAGAGGCCCCGGCCACCCCCCUUUCUGGGCCCUGCUCCUCCAGAGCGCUGUGCUGGCUUUCUGGAGCCAGCCUGGUUGGCAGGGCCCCCUCGCCUUGCAAGACCACCCCGCUUCUAUGAGGCGGGCGAGGAGCUGACUGGACCAGGGGCAGUGGCUGCUGCCCGCCUGUAUGGUCUAGAGCCUGCCCAUCCCCUGCUAUACAGCCGCUUGGCUCCUCCGCCGCCGCCUACUGCGGCCCCAGGAACCCCUCACCUUCUCAGCAAGACCCCACCGGGAGCCCUUUUGGGGGCACCACCUCCACUUGUGCCCGCCCCCCGGCCUAGUUCCCCACCCAGAGCCCCUGGCCCAGCCCGGGCUGACAGGUGA